UGUGUCAUCCCUUGACCUCAAAAUCUCAUCUUAAAAUACUUUGAACCAGAUUUAUCUCAUCGACAUUCUAAUUUUAUCACGACAAUUCUUAAUCGCUUAUUUUCUGGGCUUGCAAUAGUCAGACAUAGCCUCAAGGCAUCAAAAUGGAUCGCAGUAACCGGAUUAGAGAAAGGUCACCGCACCGUGACUACAAUUAUAAGAGAAGCCAGGACCGCGACACUUCAUAUAAAAACACGCGCUCACGGUCACGAUCACGUUCCCCUGAUAACAAACGAUCAAAAACAUCAUCUUAUCGACACGAGAGACAUCACUCUGAGCCAAGCGGCCAUCGCUCAUCUCCCAAAAAUCAUCAUCGCCAUCAUUCGUCAUAUAAAUCCCGGGAUCAUGCAAGUCGCAAGCCUGAAGCUGUGGUUAACCUACCAUUCAUGGCGCGACCCUUGUCAAAGGCCGAUCUGUCUUCUUUCAAGCCAUUGUUUGGUGAAUAUCUAAGUCUUCAGAAGCAGAAGAAUAUCGCCGAGAUGGAUGAUCAUGAAAUUAGAGGGCGAUGGAAGAGCUUCAUUGGGAAGUGGAACCGAAAGGAGCUGGCAGAAGGAUGGUACGACCCUGAGACCUUUACACGAAUUACAUCGAAUAAUUCAGUUGCGCCUCAAGCAAGACGUGCUUCUGUGCAUCGGGAUGAAGUACGAGAAACUAUGAAAGACAGAGAAGAUCGUGAGAGCGAGGACGAUGAAGAUGAUUAUGGCCCUACACUUCCAGGUUCGGAUCACACACGGCGGUCUGGACCAGGCAUUCCCACACUACAAGAUAUAUCUUUUCGAGCUGAACUUGUUGAAGAAGACAAGCAAGCGUCUAUUGCGGACCUACGUCAAGCGCGCAAAGCCGAUCGGGCUCUGCAGAAAGAACAGCUCGAAGACUUGGUCCCUCGUGCUGAAGCUGGAACCCGCGAGCGCAUGCUGGAAAAGCGAGCGGCAGUGGCGGACAAAAUGCGCUCGUUCCGCGACAAGAGCCCCGAUGCUAUGGAAGUCAAAGACGAAAGAGAGCUUAUGGGUGGCGGAGACUCGUUGGACGAGUACAAGAAAGCCAAAGAGAGGGAGCAACGGCGCAAAACAGAGAGAGAAAUUCGCAGAGAGGAGAUCGAUAGAGCUAAAAGGGAAGAGGUGGAAGAGAAGAAGAGGGCAUGGAGGGAAAGGGAAGAGGGGACUGUGAACAUGCUGAGGGAAUUGGCACGGCAGCGAUUCGGAUAGAGGAGAUGCGCACCUAUAUUUCCCUCCCUCCACUGAAGUUUCGAGGCUAUGAUGGUGGAAGAACUACUUGGCUAUCCUUAUUCGUUGGUUUUCUAUUGUAGGUUUAUUGAGGGAUGGUGUUGACAGAUGGAUAUUUGGCGCACUGUGGGAGCGCACCAAUUGGAAGCUUGGCCCACUCGAAUCAAAACUCUUCUUCACGACCUUCGACUACCAGAAGA